UCUAUUUUCUAUUCCUGGAGACGGAAGAUGGCUGCCGUGGAGGAAAACGUGAAAUGAGGGCUCCUUGUUAACUGCAGGGAAUAUACGCUGUCUUAAAUAUACAAUAUCUGUUAAAAAUAUAUAAAGUGGGUUGGAGAUUACAAAGCUUACAGGCCAGUGGUAGUCUGAAUGAAAAUGGUUCGAUCAGAUUCCCGUUCACACUCAUCAAGAUCCAGGAGUGGAUCUCAUUCAAGUUCAAGGUCUCGAUCCAGGUCACGCUCAAGGAAAAAGAGAUACAGCUCUAGGUCACGAUCUAGGUCAUACUCUCGUUCUCGAAGCCGAGAACGUGAACGCAAUUAUCCCAGAGAUUAUCGCCGAGAUUAUCGCAUGAACAGAGGGAUGAGACGUCCAUAUGGAUUUCGUGGCAGAGGGCGAGGCUACUAUCAAGGUGGUGGUCGUUUUUACCAUCGUGGGGGUUUCAGGCCCAAUUGGCAUAACCGCCGCUACUCUCGCAGCCCCAGAAGGGGGCGGUCCCGCUCAAGAACCCCAAAGCGCAGGUCUACUUCGCAGAGGUCAAGGAGCAAAUCUCGCCAUUCUGAACGUUCUUCUGUGUCCCGGAGAUCCUCCACUUCUCGCUCCUCUUCUUUUUAUAGUCAGUCACCCGUACCCCGUAAAAAACGGAGCUCCCAGGAUAAACCUGUUAAAAAGCUUGAGGGGAAUGUUGCCAAGGAUGAAGUGGAUAGGCGAAAUUCAGAAGAGGAAAAAGGAAAUAAUAAUAAAAGCGAGCAAGUGACUGCCUCCUCUUCAAAGUCAGUGUCGGAUUCUAAGGGGACUACAAAUGUCACAGAGAGCUGGAUUGGAAUAGCUGAAUACAAUGAUAACAGCCCCCACUCCCACCAUAGCCCCUCCCCAAUUCCCACACUACCUAGUCAAAGUUCUUCUCGCUCUGACACUGCUUCACACCAGAUCGCUUCCAAAAUUAGCCCUGCUUCUUUGCCUUCUCAACAUUUACAUUCCAUUCAGCAUAGCCCUGAUGGGUCUUUGGAUCGGUAUAGCCCCUCGCAAGAGAGUCCCCCAUAUCGUAGCUCUCCCAGCGGUAGCCCUGCACCACUGUUCGCAGUUGCUCAAACUGGAAAAGGUUCCUUCCCUAACAGUGAAGAGCAGGAUCUUCCCAAACUUGGAAAAUACAUUAAAAGAUACACAGACGAGGAAGGAAGCAGAGCAUACCUGCAUGAGAGAGCUAGUGGUAGGGACAAAGAUUUGCAGAAAGGCAGGACAGAGAGAGAGGGGGAGUGGGCACAAUCAGGUGGCCCAGAUCCUGUGACCAAGAAAGAAGGGGAAAAAGUUCCUUUCUUGGGUGAUUCUCCGGAUGCUGAAGAUGAUGAAGAGGAAGAUGAAUCCCAAGCCUAUAGACAACCUUAUCAGUUCAAAGUGAGCAGUCAGGUAGAGCAGGUAAAAAGCUAUUCAACGGAAACCCGGUGGAAUUUAGGCAGUCAAGAAGAAGGAGGAAAAUACAAAAUUAAAACAGCUCCAAAAGGAGAGAGGGAAUAUGAGAAAUUUGGUGAGGACCGGGUGUUUAAGUUUAAAGAUCCAAGUUACACGGUAGACAAAGUAGGUGCCAACAAAGAAAAGUACAUGGAAAAGGGUAGGGAAAAUUAUGAUGAGAGGAUUGCUGCUAAAAAAGAACCUGCCUCUCCACAGUUAAAGACCGACAAGGUCAGUGACUUGUAUGACCACAGUCCCCUGUUGCAAAAAACUUUGGACAUGCGGGACAAGGGAACCUUCCAAGACGAGAGCCCAUCAAGGGCAAAAAUAGUACCUGGGGAGACCUGCCGCCCUGAAGUGAAAAUGAAAAUUUCAGCAGCAGCGUUUAUUGAUCCAAGCCCAGGUACCGCAAUAUCAAGUGACAGAUCUCUUGCUAGCGCAUUGGUCCAUUCCACCAAGAAGGAGCAGGGAUUUCGUUCCAUCUUUGACCACAUUAAGAAACCUCAAUCCUACAAGAAUUCCGCAGAGUCUUUUAUUCAGCAUAUUGUGUCCUUGGUUCACCAUGUUAAAGAACAUUACUUCAAGUCCACAGGAAUGACCCUGCAUGAAAGGUUCACUGUGUAUCAGAAAGGUGGUGAAGGUCAUGAAGUCAAACAGAAGAGUCCUGAAAUCCAUAGGCGGAUUGACAUCUCCCCAAGUGCAUUUAGGAAGGAGAGAAUAUCUAAAGAGGAAAGCCACAAGGGUGACAAAAAAUCAAGAUGUGAUUCUGCUGAUUUGAGACAUGACAUAGACCGCCGCCGUAAAGAGAGGAGCAGAGAGCGUGAUCCCAGCCCAUCUAGGAAGAUGGAUAAAAUGGGAAAGGAUUUCAAGGACUACAAAGGUUACAAGUCCUACAAAGAUGACAGCAAACGCAAAAGUACUGAGAGAGAGAAUUCCAGGUCAUCGUCAUCUUCUUCAUCCUCAUCGUCCAAGGAAGACAAAGAUAGCCGUAAAGAAAGAGAAGAGGAAUAUAAAUCGCACCAUGAGCAGAAAGAAUAUCUUGGUUAUCAGGGUGGCAACAGAGCGAGAGGAGCCUUUCAAUUCCGCAUAAGAGGUGGACGAGGCCGAGGGAGAGGCGUCUUUACUGGGCCAACUCCUGGACCUAGUAAUCUGAAUGUACCUUUCCAGAAGAGAACGAAGGAGGAGGAAUGGGAUCCAGAAUAUACUCCCAAAAGCAAGAAAUAUUUUCUGCACGAUGACAGAGAUGAUGGCGUUGACUACUGGGCAAAAAGAGGACGGGGACGUGGCACAUUUCAGCGUGGCAGAGGGCGAUUCACUUUCAAAAAGUCUGGCAGCAGUCCCAAAUGGACGCAUGAUAAAUAUCAGUGUGAGGGAAAUGUGGAGGAAGAAGAUGAGGAUGUAGAAAACAAUGAAGAACGGAAGGACAAGCGCAAAGAAGAGAAGGAAUAACUACAAAGAAGUAAGAAAUCCUGGAAUAUCUGCCACUUGGAUGUUUUUUCGUGUGACUUGUUAAACAAAAUUAUGAGUUUUAGUGGUGUUUUAAGUUGAAUAUUCAAGAUAUUUCUCUUUCAGUUGAUAUCCUAAAACAAGCAUUGAUUGUAUGUAACCUUAUGAUUAUACUGUUCAACAUAACACUUGUUAAAUCUUGUUUAUCAA